AUGAGCACAACACCCCUGAAUGAUGGCCCCCAUCCCGACCUGUCCCCAGGGAGCAUGCAAACAUUGGUCUCCAGGCCACUGCUCCCUCAGUCAGACCCCAUUACCACUAAAAGGGUAUGUUUCUACAAGAGCGGUGACCCUCAGUUCACUGGGCACCGGAUGGUCAUCAACAGUCGCACUUUUAAAACCUUUGAUGCCCUACUAGAUGCCCUCUCAAAGAAAGUGCCUCUGCCAUUUGGAGUAAGGACCAUCACAACACCCAGGGGAACACAUGCUGUCUGUUCCCUUGAUGAUGUGCAGGAUGGGGGCUCUUAUCUGUGCUCGGAUCAGAAGAAAGUCAAGCCUUUUAACUUGGAUGAGGUCCACAAGAGACAGGUGCCUUGGAACACUACCAGACCUGUCAGUGCGGGACGUCAAGCACGCAGAGAACUGGUCCGGCAACUAGCAAAGAGAAAUCAAGUGUCCACAAGAACAAUAAAAAUGUCAGAAAACACUGUGGUGGUGCGGACACCAAAAAGGCUGACGGUUUAUAAAAACAGAGAUCCGAGCAUGAAGCGAGUAAUUGUUCUUCAUAGGAGAAUAGCCCCUACUUUUGAAGCUCUUUUGGAUUAUCUUUCUCAAACGUUGCAGUUUCCUGUUGUGAAGCUUUACACAGAAGAUGGCAGAAGAGUUGAAGGACUUUCUGCUCUUAUUUUGUACACUGGGAUUGUUGUGGCAGCUGGUAAUGAACCCUUCAGAAUAGGAAUAUACAAUCUUCAGGCUCCCACAAAAAUUCAGUCAAAGAUACCAUCUGAAUCUGAAUCCCUGCAUCAAACGGAGACACUACUACAAGAAAAAAAGAUUCCAUCUGGGACCAAUUCAAGAUCAAGGAAUUUCUCUUUAUCUUCUGAGAGAUUCCUUGUAGAGCAGAUCAAUAAGUCACUAAAUGGAAAUCUGACAGAGCACAAUGGGACAAAGGAUGAAUCAAUGGAGACUGAAGGCAGUCAGCCAGUGGGAUCAGAUGAGAUGGAGGCCUGUGACUUUACAGAGGAUGUGAAGGAGAGGAAUUGCCCCAUAAUGCCUAACGAAGACGACAUUGAAAAAUCAUUUCGGGUCAAUGAGGAUGGAAGCAUGACAGUAGAGAUGAAGGUGCAUCUUACUAUAAAACAAGAGGAAAUGAUCCACUGGACGACUACAUUGAGCCGCACCUCAGUUAAUAGCCAGCAGAGGGCAGUGUGCAAUUCCAAACCAGAAUCUGGGGCAAAUUCAGUAGAUAUAACCAAUGACUCAGGCAAAGAGUCGAAUGGACCUCAUAGCCUAGAUUCAAAAGAAAUCAAUACUGCACCUAAUAAAUCUGUAGGAUUCAUCAAGGAAGAAAGAGAAAAUUAUGGCAGUGAUACAUCUUCUGAAAAGCCUAUGCCCGUCUAUAGAAGGCUGCCCACUCCAGCCCCUAGACAACGUCGAAAUGAGGUCUCAGUUGAAAACAUUAAAACUGUUUCAGAGGCUGAAGUUCAGGAGAGUACAGUGGGUGCAUACUCAUACAUGGAGCGAACUGCACAGGGAGAGUUGAUGGAGGGUUACUGUGUGGUCAGUCGCAGCAGUAGCAGCAGCACAAGAACUGUGUCAAAACCCGGGAAGAGUGAAUCAGGGGAGAUUAAGCAGAAGAAGUCUCAUUCUUCCUUUAGAUCCUCAGGUGUGGCAGAGGUACUUCAGCUACAAAACAAUGGGACGAUGGGGAUAACAGAGACUGUGGUACAUAUAUAUGAAUCACAGGGUACAUGUGACAAUUACUAUGCAAAUACACAGAUGGAUACGGACAACAAGCCUGGAUACUGCACAAAAGCUUUGCCUCAAAGUAAGCCAGGCUCAACAGACUCAGGACCCUGUUCAUCAAGUAAUGAUUGUGAUGUUGAUCUCACAAGGCAGUCCACAAGCUCCAACUCCCUGGAUGGUGGAAAAAGUAAAAUGCUGUCGUUAUCUUCUGACCGUUCAACACCUCCAAAAAAGAUAAAUAGCAAUCUAUCCAUCCUUACCGAUGAUGAAAAACAAUCCUUGGUUGAGUGCACAUCUGAAACAAUACAAAAAAAGAUUAUGCAUCCAGCAGCAGAAACGAAUUCCACCUAUAAAAGCACUGCUGUUAACAAAAAUAAUUUACCUAAGUCCAAAAAAUCAAAGCAAAGCACUUCUUCUGGAUCAUCUAGGCUUGGGAAAAACAUAAAAGGCAGUGCUCCAGGCUCUUCAAAAGACCUCCAAGUGACUUCAGACACAAUGAGCCACACAGGAUCAGAGAAAAAGACAAGCUCAGCAGAAAGUGAUAAACAUGAGCACAAAGCAGUGAGAGACAAAAAUAAGAAGACAAAGAUAUUUGAAAGUUCUUCAAAAAGUAAAAACUUGAAUCUUGAAAAUGGGAAUCAAAGACCAUCAGAUAAAGAUGUCAAGCUAAAAGAUAAAACCAUAAAAGACAGUUCCCACAAGAUAAACACAAAUAGCCAAGACUCUCAAGGGUCAAAAUUGAAAAAAAGUAGUUUAGACAUUGAAUCACCAGCCCAUGCAGCAAAACUAAUAAAGAGACUUCCGAAACAAAGAUCCAUGAAUGGUGUCAGAUCAAAAUCCUCUAAACCAAGACAGGAACUGAGUGAAAGUGUGUCAUUGCCUGUGUUACAGUCUUCUUCCACCAGUGUAAAUCAGUAUGUUGAAAACUGGCUGAAACGAAUUGAACCAGAAUCUCUGCCCUAUGAAGAUGAGACAGACCCUCCAGAGAUUGUGCCAAGAGCUGUAUUCCAGAUUGGGGCUGACUCCACUGAGGACUCUGAGAUUAAAAGCAUCCCUGAUAGAGAUAGCACAGAUGAAAAAGAACAAUUAUUAGAAGAUUAUGUUGACGAGAGCCCAAUGUCUCACCCACCAGUGCAAAUAAGGUGUGAGGGAGAGCCAAUUGAGCCACAGAAGACAAUGGGCUUUUGUAAAUCAAUGCCAAUUUUGAGGGUGCCUUCUGAACAAGAAGGUAUUGUAAGAAUGCACAAGUCAUCCGAGCACUUGUUUCCCCCAGAACCCUCGGGGACAUCUCAAAGUACAGAGGUCAGUAUUAGAUCAGGCAUGAAACCAGUUUUGCAACAGUUGUGUUUGUCUGUACAGUCCAUCAAGCGUGCUUUGAGUCAGACCUGCUUAACAUCUGGGGAAAGGGAAAAGUCCAGUAGCCUCCCAGACUUUUCAUCUCAGGUGGCCUCUGCCUUUGGUUCUCCAUCCAGAGCUCUUCUGUCUUUCUUGUCAGUCAUGACUCUGAGAGAUGGGCUUUCAGUCCUUUAUAAAAAUGAAUCUGAAACUGGCAGCUCAAAUGACUGCCCAGAGGCCCUGCAGGUAAUGCAGUCAUUGGAAAAAUUAUCUAACAUUAAAGAUGAAGAUGAGCUAAGGGCCAGCUUGACCAGUCUUCGUAGUUCAACUUCGUCCAAAUUAAAUCAAAGCUGGAAAGAUUUCCAAGAGCAAAAUAUCUAUAACGAUAGUCCCCCACUGUCACCAAGACUAUCGGAACAGGAGUUUGCUCUAGAAGUGGACUUGGAAGGAGACAUGGGGGAUCAGGACAAACAGCACAGUAUUGCACAGUUACUGGAUGAACUGAACAUGCCUGAAGAUGUUCAAAGAGAAAUAUCCUCUCUUGUUGAAGGAGAACUGAAGUAUUUUACUCAAUCAGAAUCAAUCAAAGAUGCUGAGAACAUCACUGAAAUGUCAGGUAAAGAAGAGGAAAAUGAUGAUGGCUCCUUAGGUGGGAGUUUAGAGAAAGCUGCAGAAAUGGAAGAAGAAAGGGAUAAUAUUGGCCAAGACAAUGAUGCAGCCAAUGAGGACAUAACCAAUGAUCCAAAAGAUCCAGAACCUUCAGAGAUUCAUUUAAAUCAGUCUCAUUCCCCUGACUCAGAAACGGUAGAAAAUGACUUUUUGAAUGAAGAUUCUGGUAUAGCAGUGCCUAAUCAGUCACCUGAAGGUAAUGGUAGUGAUUCAAGUAAAGCAGAGGCUUUAAAAAUGUCUAAUAACAACCAAGUGAAUGCAGAAAGCUUGCAAGAAAAGGUGAUGUAUGAAGACUUAGAAUCUGAAAACAAAGAUGCUGAAGGAAAUCAUUCUUCAAUAGCAGAAGAUGAUUUUCAGGAUCAGAAGAUGACUGCAGAAGAUGUAGCUGAAGGUGAAGAUGUUUCUGAGCUCUCGGAUGACCAGGGCAAUAUGUCUGAAAGAGAGGAAAACAUAAUAGCAGAGGAUACAGAAACUGAUGAAAAGGAAAAUGACACAAUUCAAGACAUGAGGCAAACUAGUGAACAAUCAGAUGAUUCAGAACCAGACGCCUUUGGGGCCAAACACUCAUGUUCGGCAUCGGAAAGUGAGUGUAUGUCAUUUUCAGACAGAGAGGCAGCUGAGGUAAAUGAGGACAAUCAUUACAAUACAGCUGAGGAUUGUGUCAAAGAAGAAGAAGAAGAAGAAGAAGAAGAAGAGACAAUUAAUGAUAGAGGGCAAGAGCAAGAAAACAAGUCCAUAUUAUCAGAAGGUGAGUCCCUGCCUUUAGAGCCUUCAGAGACAUCAUCACCUCAUCAUGAUACAGAGGGCGAAUUCAAAGAGCAAACAAUACAAUCAUCCAGCCAAGAAGAUGAUCAAGUGAUGUCUCCAGAUAUUAAAGAUGCAGAUGAACAAGUAUGUACUACAUCAGAGGUCUCAGAAGAUGAGGAUUCAGAACCACACUUCAAUAACAGUAGCCCUCAUCAUGGUAGUAAUGUUGAGAAUAGUAUGACCCCUGAAACGGAUUAUGAGAAAUCACAACAUAUUGAAGAUGACCUUGUUGAAGAACAUGACAUUAACAAAGUAGACCAUGAUGGCUCAGAGGUUUGUAAACAAUUAGAUCCAGAUGCUGAACCGGACUCUUCUACAAUCUCAGAUCCUGAGGUUGGGGAUGAAGAUGUGGCAGAAAAAAAGUCAAACACAAGUGAUUCAAAACUCCAGACAUUAGAGGAAGAUAGUCUCAUUGAUAAAAAGGGCAGUUCUGCUGAAGAGUGUGAUGAAGAAGAGGUUGAUCAUAGCAGUUUACUUGAUUCUCACAAUAAUAUCGAUGGCGUUCAAAACUCGAUUGUGUGUACUAAUACUACAGAUUCUGCGGAAAGGGAAUCAUGCAGCAGUACAAUUACGAGUGGGCAUCAUUUUGAGAAUACAGAGAGUUUGGGGAUGGAACAUGGCUAUCAUUAUCUACUGCAACCAACUGAGAUCUCACAAGAGCUGUUAGACCUUAUCAAUUCAGCUUUGUUGUCCUCUACCCUGACUGUCACAUCUGAUUCAAAUGGCAACCUCAGAAUAGAGCCAGAUAAAUGCAAAAUGAAGGAGAUGUUUAUGGCUGGCCAAAGAACAGAUGAUCAAUAUGGUCAAAAACGUCUCCCGAGUCCUAACACAUCUGAUCUGUCUGAUUAUAGACCUGAGACGUCUGACAUUGGUGGAUACCAGUCUCAGGAGUUUUUUACCGAGAGUGGAGAUGAGGAGACGGAGAGAUUGCAUAUCUUUCGGGAAAUUUUAAAACAAAGUUCAGAGAAGCCAAGAUUAAGAAACCAUGUGAAAGAGAACAGCUCAAUGAAAUCACCCACAUGGAUGGCAACGAAACAUACUGGCAGUCCAAGUUUAAAAAGCAGUGGUCUUAAUUCUUUUCGAGAUACUAAUAGUGCAAUAAAUGAGCCACUAUCCCACAGUGUAUCACCUAGCAAUAAAAGUUCACUUGACGGAGAUGCUGAAUCGGUACAGGGCAUGACUUUAAAAGAUAAAAUCAACUCUGAAGAGGGAGUUCUCAUUGAUAAAGGCAGGUGGCUUCUCAAAGAAAACCACCUAAUUCGUAACUCUCCUCCUGCAUCCAUGGGAAUGUACGGAAAUGAAGACACCACAUCAGCUGACACGGCUCAGGAUAACAGGAGUGAAGAUUCAUCUCAUCCAUAUUGUGAGAACCAAGCCUCACCUCUGGCUGCAAUAUCUUCUUCUGAGUUGGAAGAUAUGGUUAAACCCCCUACACCAAAGUGUACGUACUUCAACAUGGCACACAGCAGUGACUCUGAUCCUCUUAUAGAUGCCCAAAGUGUCAGGAGUGGCAGUGGUGGAGGUGAUACUAGGAGAAAAAGGGAGCUUAAGGUAUGUCCGAUGGGGGAGUCUUCAAACAUGUGGGCAAAGAAAAAUGGAAGUAUGUCUUCAUUUGCAUCUGUUGAGUUCAAACUGCCCGAUGGCAAAGUUCAUCCUCAGAAGGGGUCAAGCUCUGGGGUUCACAGAUCCCAGAGUCAAGACAGUCAGAUAGUUCAAGAGGAGGAGUCCAGGGUUGGGCUAAAUCUCAGGUGUGGGCAGCACUGCCCAAUAUUAUAG